UUCUUGUAGCUGAGGGAAGUUAUAAUAUUUUUUUAACAUUGUCAACCUGCUCUAAAAUGGGUGAUCAGUUUGAUUGUGCAUUGGACUUGAUGCGAAGGCUGCCACCUCAACAAAUUGAAAAGAAUCUGACUGACUUGAUUGACUUAGUACCAGGUUUAUGUGAAGAUCUGCUAUCUUCUGUGGACCAGCCCUUGAAGAUUGCCAAAGACAAAGAAACUGGAAAGGAUUACCUGCUUUGUGACUACAAUAGAGAUGGAGAUUCUUAUAGGUCUCCAUGGUCAAACACUUAUUAUCCACCUUUGGAUGAUGGCUCUAUGCCUUCUGAGCGUCUGAGGAAGCUUGAACUGGAUGCUAACUAUGCUUUUGAUCAGUAUAGGGAAAUGUACUUUGAAGGAGGUGUCUCCUCUGUUUAUUUCUGGGAUUUAGAUCAUGGCUUUGCAGGGGUGAUUCUAAUCAAGAAAACUGGAGAUGGAAGUAAAAAAAUCAAGGGUUGUUGGGAUUCCUUACAUGUGGUUGAAGUCCAGGAAAAAAGCUCAGGGAGAAAUUCACAUUACAAAAUGACAUCCACUGCAAUGUUAUGGCUUCAGACCAAUAAACAAGGUUCUGGUACAAUGAACCUAGGUGGUAGUCUAACCAGACAGAUUGAGCAAGAUGCAAGUGUUAAUGAAAUAAACCCCCACAUUGCAAACAUUGGAAGAAUGGUGGAAGAUAUGGAAAAUAAGAUUCGCAAUACCCUCAAUGACAUAUACUUCAGCAAAACUAAGGAUAUUGUGAAUAGUCUGAGAUCUGUCCAACCUUUGGCUGAGAGUAAUCAACAGCAAGCUCUCAAGAAAGAUUUAGCUGCUGCUUUGCAACGCAGACAAAAUAAGACAGACAACUGAUGCCUCCAAAUAUAUCAUGUAAAUUAUG